UUUUCAAAUUUAGGUCAGUAAAAAAAAAAGCCAACAGCACUAUAGACAUAUCAGCCGACAAUUUUCCUAACAAGACUCACAACCUAACUGAGUUCGCAGGAAAAAAAAAGCAUCCAUUCGCCGGUUGAACACACAUUAGAUAGUAUUGCUCACAUAGGAGCUUCCGUACAUAGAUCUGCUUGAAAUUCGUAACGAUUGAUACCCCCAAAAGAUGCUUCGCCGCAGUCUUGGUCUCUGCCGUGUGAGCACGUUCUCCAUUUAUAUGAGCGAUCUGGCUCGUCAGAACAAACUGGUUGGGACUAUUAACGCCGCCAAGAUUGCAUCGGCGGCCUAUAAGAAGCUUAGUGCUAAGGAGAAGGCGGAACUGACCAAACGAGCACAAGGCUUGUCUUACCCCUCAUUAGAUGCCUAUAAUCGCUUUCAGAAGGAAUACGCUUGCCGGUUUUUGCACUUACCCAACAAGGAGCGGCAGCAAAAGGUGGCGAAACUGUGGUCUGAGCUAAAACAAAAAGGCACCGUUCGAAUUCCCAAGGCACCCAAGGCGAAGAGUGCAGGCAAGGCUUUGAAAAUCGACACCAAAGUAAUUAAACGUACUUCCCCUUCUCGACUUGUAAAAACCAAAGCGGUAAAAAUCUAAAAGGGGAAUUUUAUAGAUGAAAGUUAAAAAUACUAUAGAAAUAACUGCAAAUCUGAGGCAAAGCAAUAAGGAAAGAUACACAGAGAUGUUCUAUCUAUUGCGUAUUAGUCGACUUUAUAAUAUAGAAGAAAAACUUUACUACAAGUAUGAAAUACCCCUUUCAAACAUACACACACACAAAAAAAAAUGUGCGCACUAAAUGGAAAACUACCAAUUUAUUAAUAUAUAUGCUACUCAAGCAAGAAUAAGUAAUUGAACAAAGAGUGCUCGGACCAACACUAUUUUAAAUGGAAAACCGUGCUGUUCUUUUCAUUCCUUGACCUUUUUAGAGCCUUUCUUUUAUUAUUAUUAUGACUAUUUCGAACGAGAAAACCAUAAUAACCCUUCCCCUUUA